AUGGUUGAUGUUCAUGUAGACAGUUUGAUGACUGAUAAUGUGGAAGGAAGUGGAUUUGUUGAUUGUAGUAAUACAGAGCAUGAGUUGGAGCAAGAGAAAAUUAAUCAUGUUAAUUCUAUUGAUAAUGGCAAGUCCAAUAUUGUGGAACCAUGGAUUGAAAUGGAAUUUCCCACAUAUAUUGCUGCGUAUGAUUAUUACAAUGAUUAUGCAAAAAUAAAAGGAUUCAGUGUUCGCAUAAGCUCAGGCAAUUACUCUAAGAAAGAAGGAAAAGAACUCAUAUCAAAAAAAUUUGUUUGUAAUAAGGAGGGUCUAAAAUCUACAAAUGAUAAGAGAGAGCACGGAAAAAUAGUAAAGCGUCAAAGAGAUACUAGAGUAGGUUGCAAGGCGAUGUUGCGGGUGAAUCGAACUGAUAAAGGAACAUGGAUAGUGAGCAAACUUGUUAAUGAGCAUACAAAUCAUGAGUUGACUAGUCCAGAUAAGGUUAAGAAUCAUUAUUCCCAUCGAAAGUUACAUCGAACAAAAGAUACUACAGGAACUAUGAGGGGUGUAUUUUGGGCAGAUGGACGGGCCUGGGCGUCAUUCUUAAAGUUUCAUGACAUUGUUGUUUUUGAUGUUACAUAUAGAACUAACAAGUUGGCACUGCCUUUUGCUCCAUUUACUGGUGUUAACCACCAUUGGCAGUUAACUUUAUUUGGUUGUGCACUACUUGCAGAUGAGGAAGAAGACACAUUUGUCUAG